ACUAAUAUCUAUAGGCUAUAAGAAGCCAUUGGAGAGGGAUGACUUCUUCGAACUGAAUGAAAGUGAUUCACCAUACAGUGUGUGUCCUAACUUUGAAAAGCAAUGGAGAAAAGAAAUCCAGAAGUCUAGCACAGGACUAAUGGCUUCUGACAUCAAAAGAGUGCUAUUUAAGAAAACAAAUUUCCAUAAACCAUCUUUAAUUUUGCCAUUGUGGCAAACAUUUAAAUUUUUAUUGAUUAAAGUUGCAUUUCUGAAAGUUGCAGCUGACAUUCUGGCUUUCAUGAGUCCACAAAUAAUGAAAGCAAUGAUAAUGGUCAAUGAAAAUCAUCCUAGUUCACAUGGGAGUGGGUAUGGCUAUGCCAUUGCCCUGUUUUUUGUAGUUCUCUCACAAACUCUUCUCCAUCAGUUAUACCAGCGUAACAACAUGCUUACUGCAGUCAAAAUCAAGACUGCAGUUGUUGGCCUGAUAUACAAAAAGGCCUUAACUUUAGCAAAUUCCUCGCGACGAAAAUACACAACUGGGGAAAUUGUUAACCUGAUGUCAGCAGAUACUCAGCAACUCAUGGAGCUAACUCUAAACAUCAACCUGUUGUGGUCAGCACCUUUUCAGAUCAUCAUGGCUGUCGUCUUUCUGUGGAAAGAACUUGGCCCCUCAGUCCUAGCAGGUGUUGCACUGCUUCUUUUGGUUAUACCUAUAAAUGCGCUCAUUGCAGCCAAAGUAAAAAGAUUGAAGAAAAGCCAAAUGAGGUAUUCGGAUCAACGAGUCAAACUACUAAGUGAAAUGUUACAUGGAAUAAAGAUCCUCAAACUUUACGCAUGGGAACCUGCAUAUCAAAGGAAGGUCAUGAGCAUUAGAGAACGUGAAGUGGAUGUUUUGAAGUCAUCUGGGUAUCUGAUGACUUACUCCAUGCUAACAUUGACGUGCAUUCCUUUUAUGGUCUCAUUGGCUACAUUUGGAGUCUUCUUUCAUCUGGACAAAGAGAAUGUUUUAACAGCAACUACAGUUUUUACAUCUAUUUCUUUAUUUAACAUCUUGCGACUGCCUUUGUUUGAUUUACCAUCUGUGAUCUCUGCUGUAGCCCAGACCAAAGUUUCUCUGAGCCGUUUGGAGGAUUUUCUGUGUGCUGAGGAUCUUAACCCUGAGGAUGUCAAUACAAACUACAGUGGAAAUUACGCUGUUGGAUUUAUUGGUGCUUCUUUCCGCUGGGAAAAAAAUGGCCCCCCAGUCUUAAAAAACUUGAAUGUCAGCAUUCCUGAAGGCUCUUUAGUUGCUGUUGUGGGACAGGUUGGAUCUGGAAAGUCAUCUUUUCUUUCUGCUAUUCUUGGAGAAAUGGAGAAACUUGAUGGAACAGUUCAGAGAAGAGGUUCAGUGGCAUAUGUUUCUCAGCAGGCUUGGAUUCAAAAUGACAGUUUACAGGAAAAUAUUCUCUUUGGUUCAAAUCUAAAUAGGCCAUACUACGAACUUGUUUUAGAGUCUUGUGCUUUACUGCCAGAUUUGGAACAGUUACCGAAUGGAGACCAAACAGAGAUUGGAGAAAGGGGUGUCAAUAUAAGUGGAGGGCAGAAGCAGAGAGUGAGUCUCGCUAGAGCUGUGUACAGCAAUGCUGACUUGUAUCUUCUGGAUGACCCCCUGUCUGCUGUAGAUGUACAUGUUGGGAAACAUCUUUUUGAGAAGCUAAUUGGCUCUUCAGGUCUCUUGAAAAGCAAGACUCGUAUAUUGGUGACCAAUAACCUAACACUCCUGCCUCACACUGAUCUUAUAAUAGUAAUGGAAGAGGGCAGAAUAAGUCAAAUGGGGACCUACCAAGAACUCAUUUCAAAGAGAGCUAAUUUUGCUGAGCUUAUUCAAGUCUUCAGCACAGAGCAUACAAGUGAAGAGACAACUCCAAUGGAAGUGAGUUCUUCAAAAGAAGGCGGCCAAUUAGGGAGGAGUCUGCAACAAAGAGCACUGCUGAAACAUAAAGAUUCUUCCUUUGAUCAAUGGAAAAUAUUCACUAACAAUAAAGAAAAAGUUGCCACUGGUGGUAUUAAAACGUCCGUUGUUUUGAAAUACCUCCAAGCCUUUGGCUGGCAGUGGAUGUGGCUAACCAUAGCUGCUUAUUUAGGACAAAAUGUACUAGCCAUUGGACAAAAUCUAUGGCUUAGCACCUGGACUGCAAAACCAGCAAAAGUUACUGAUUUCACAGAAUGGAAACAAUCACAAAUCUAUAAACUUCGUAUCUAUGGGCUUCUGGGAUUCAUACAAGGUCUUCUCGUUUGCUGCGGUGCUUACGUGCUCACCAGGGGAUCCCUGUCUGCUUCUCGGGCGUUGCAUCAUCAGCUGUUAGACAAUGUAUUGCACCUUCCUCUUCAGCAUUUUGAAACUAAUCCAGUUGGUCAGAUAAUCACUAGAUUCACAAAG